AUGGAAUCACGAAUUCCAAUUAUGUUGGAAUGGAAUAUGAAUAUUUUCUCACUAAUUUAUUCAUUGGAUUUGUUUCCACAGAAGCUGAUGCUUGAAGAACAGACCACGAAAUUUGAAUGGCGCCUCUUAGCAACAUUAUUCUUUUAUAAUGCUCAAAGAGAUUCAUCUCCGAAAGAACCUCACGUGGCUUCUCCAUUGGCCCCAAUCUCCGGUCUCGCUCCGCCACUGGUACUCUCACGGCAUCUCGUUAUUGGCCGCCGCUUUUCGUCAGCGAUCGCACGGACUAUUCUUGAUGUCAUCGCGACUCACUGUCUAUGUCUAUCUGAAUCGCUUACGAUAUCACUCUGUAAUGUGAUUGGAUCCGUGAAUGGCUUAAUAUGCUUUACUACAUCAUCAUGGACACUGCUUCAAUGUGUUAGGAGUUUUGGGUGGAAAGCUUUGUGUGAUGUCGAGGGUAAGAGAAGCCCAGAGUAA